GCAAAAAGCUCGUCGCAUUCUUCUACAAUCGAACUACAGCACCUAAAUAUUUGUCUUUCGGAAGCUUUGUUGUUGUUAUUGUUUUUAGUUAAAUUAAACUUAGAAUAACAUUGUAAAUGCUUUGAAGAACGUUGUAUAAGUUUAAUUAAAUAUAACGCAUAAUCUAUAUUGUUAAUUUAUUCAAUAUUUAAGCAGAUUGGACGUCUUCAUAAACUCUUAAAAACUAUGAAUUUAAAGUUAGAAAAUUCCUGUAAUGUUAGUAAUUUUGCACGUAAACAGCUCGAAAAAUAUGGAUGGUCAGAAGGCAAAGGUUUAGGUAAAGAUGGAAAUGGAAUAACAAAGCCAAUAAAAGUUUCAAUCAAGUUAGAUAACCAAGGGAUAGGACACAAUUGUCUCGAUGCUUGGACUUCAAUGUGGUGGUGUGACGCUUUUAAUGCCGCAUCUAAAAGAAUCAAAGUUAUAGAAACUGAAAAAGGUGUGUGCAUAAAAAGUGAAAAGUCUCAAACAAAUGAUUCACAGACUUCUUUAAGACAUGCCAAGAAAAAGUUUGUAAGAGCAGGAGCAAAUGCAGAUAAAGAGGAAAUUUUUGAUGUGACCACUAAUACUUUAAUUCCUAACUUUUCAAAUUGUUCAAGCUUGAAUGCUGUAAACAUGAAGUACGAUAAAUUAAAAAUCAAGGCACCAUUGAAGAGGAGGCAUAUAAGACUUAUGGAACAAGAUGCAUUGUAUGCUCGUAAAACUAAGAAAGAAAAUUGAUAUACAUUGAAUAUAGUAUUAUUGUUUAUUAGCUAAUUGUACAUGCUAUUUAAAUUUUAUAAAAUUGUUUUUCUAUUGCAAA